UAUUUUUCGUUGUUGGAUUUUUAUAAUGCUUUAAUUGUUCGGUCUGUUAAGAUGUUGCCUGUGUUAAUUUUCUUGGCUGUGUUUUGUGAUGUGCGAGCGGCGUUGUUCUACGAUUCUUACUAUGGCGUGCCUAUUGGCAUGGAUGAAGUAAAGCGUCACUCAAAAAGCAAUACUACUUUUUGGUGCGUGAACGAGUUUGAGCCAUGUGAUCCCAAUGAAGGCAGGAGAGUUGACGGUACCUGUAACAAUUUAAGGUAUCCCAACAGAGGUGCUAGUCACACCCCGUUUACCAGAAUUCUACCACCAGCGUUUGAUAAAGAUUACGAACCUAAGAAAGCGGCAUCGGGCAAUGAUUUGCCUUUGCCUCGUGUCCUGAGAACAAAUCUGGUGUCUGUUGGCAAAGUGCCCAGUCAAAGGUUGACGCAGCUGGCCAUACAUGCGUUUGUUUUCUUAUCCUCUGACGUUGUUUCUCUACACGACACAAUUAACUACAUAUUAUGGAGACCGUACUGUUGUGCUCCGAGGGGCAAAAACGAUACUUACUGCGUUCCCAACAAGAUACCAAAUGACGAUCCGGUCCACCGUUUCUCUGGCCAUCGUUGUCUGAACAUGACUAGACCUGAAACUUUCCAAAGUAUCGGUUGCAUUCCCAAGGGAUCCACUCCUGAGAGAAUUGUUUCAUCAACUCCAGGCAUUGACCUAUCCUCGGUUUACGGAAACUUCUUGAAGAACUUACAGGAAAAAGGGAGACUGUACCAAGGUGGUCUUUUGAAGUAUGAAGAAGACAGUGGAAGAAUUUGGCCUCCAAGCACAAAGACUCAGGCCAAUGUCUGCUUCCUAAACCAAAGACCUGCGGAGACCAGAUGUCAUGAUAUGCCGGAAGACGGAGGUAACACUCUGGGUGGUAUCAACCUCAUGGCGGUUUGGUUGUGGAGGAACCACAACUUUAUAGCCACACAGCUAGCCAAGGUCAACCCAUGCUGGGACGAUGAGAGGCUGUUCAACACUGCAAGAGACAUCAACAUCGCUCUGUACCUUCAAUUCAAUUACUAUGAGUUGAUUCCCGCUUUCUUAGGCUAUGAAAACUUAAUUAAAGAUGGAGUGAUCACACCUACUGGUGAAUUUAGGGAUGUGUAUAACGAGAAGGUUCUGCCUCAAGUAUCCUUGGAAUUCCCUUUCGCUUUGAGAUGGUUGCACACCGUUCAGGAAGGGUCUUUGAAAAUGUACGACCUGGAGGGACACUACUUGAAACAGUUCCCCAUAGUUAACCUUACAUUGAGAACUGGGUACUUUGACGUUGAUAAUAACAUUGAUUACAUCACUCAAGGAAGCUUUAGACAGGGAAGCGCCAAGAUUGACUACAUUGCUGAUCCUGAUAUUACAGAACAAGGUUUAGGCCCUCACCAAAGCGUGUCAGAUUUGAUGACCAACGAUAUGGCUAAAAACAGAUACUUUGGAUUCCAACCUUACGUCAAGUAUAGAGAGGCAUGCUUUGGAAAACCAAUCCGCUCGUUCUAUGACCUUGAAGGCAUUGUGGACCCUGAGAGGAUUGAGAUUCUUAGAGAUCUUUAUGAAAAGGUAGAAGAUGUAGAUCUGUUAGCUGGUAUUUGGGUUGAAAGACCAAUUUAUGGCGGAUACGUUCCUCCAACAUUCUAUUGCUUGACCAUAGACCAGCUGAGAAGAAACAUGAUUUCCGAUAGACAUUGGUAUGAGAGACCAAACCGUCCCAAUGCUUUUAACGCACUCCAACUGGGCGAAAUAAGAAAAUAUACCAUUGCAAGACUUCUGUGUGACAUUGGAGACAAAGUUACUAAGAUUCAACCACACGCUUUCUUGAAGGCUGGAUUCAACAACAAAAUGGUCAGUUGUGAAAACAUACCUGCUAUAAACUAUGAAGCUUGGAGGGAUUUGAACUGUGGGCUGCCGACGUAUUUCAACCAAUAUGGUAAAGAUAUCGCAGAGUGAUUGGUGUAAACAAAAUUAUAUAAGAUUUUGAGGUGGUUGACCUAAAAAGACUGGCCUCGUCUACCAAUAAAAUGAAGUCAUCGACCUCAAGUUGGCAGUCUAUCUUAUAAAUACAUUGAAUUAAUAAAAUUAUUUUGUAAUAGG